UCUAAAGAUCCUGUGGCCCUUUUAACAAAAAUAGGGUGGUUAAUCCUUGUGUCCUGCUCCAGCUGCAGUUUUUAGUGAAACAUGACAUCAACGACAUUGUUUUUGUGCAGUAUAACAGUAUUUCUUUAUUCACUCAAGGCAGAGAAAUGUGAAGUCUAUGAUGUGAAUGAUGUGUUUCUUAAGCACAAUUUUGUACAUGAAGGACAGCCACUUGCUGUCAACUGUUCAGUAGAUAAAAUAAUGAAUUUUGAAAACACAGACUACAACUUGACUUGGUACAAAACUGGUAGCCAAACAUCUGUGGCUAAAGACAAACAUUCCAGAAUUCACCAGCAAAAUAACUUCAUUUGGUUUCUCCCUGCAACUUUAAAAGAUUCAGGAUCCUAUGAAUGUGUUAUAAGGAAUUUAUCAAGCUGCAGAAAAAUAUAUAUGAACCUAAGAGUGUUCAAGAAUAUUUAUGGUUCAUGCUUUAAUGAAAAAUUUGCCAUUGGGGAGGAGAUACUAACAUCGUCACAUGCUAAGGUUGUGUGUCCUCAUUUGGAUUACUUCAGAGAUGAGGAGAAUACUUUGCCCCUUCAGUGGUAUAAGGAGUGUGAACUGCUUGAAGAGGAAAGGUUUGUCUCUUCCAAUGAUUAUCUUGUGAUUAAAAAUGCAACUCUACACGACAAAGGAAACUACACAUGCAGAACAUCAUAUACUUACAAGGGAAAACAAUAUAACAUUUCACGAGACAUUAGUCUAACUGUGACAGUGAGUCCACGGAACACUCCACCAGAAAUAUUUUACCCAAGAAACAAUUCCAUUGAAGCAGAACUUGGCUCACGUGUCAUAGUGGACUGCAAUGUAACAGGCGCUGAAGUGUUUCAGGUGUACUGGACAGUCAACAACACAUACAUUGAUCUAUAUUAUAAGAGUAGAAUUUUUGAAGAGGAAGAUUAUGAAGGAGAAACUUUCUAUGAUGGACGCCAUCUCGCUACGGUGAGGCUCAAGAUUUCCAAAGUGAAUAGCGAGGAUUAUGAACAUCACUUUGUCUGCCAUGCUUUGAAUUCCUUUGGUCAAGUUUCAACAUAUAUAGCAUUAAAACACAGAGUUGCAGAUUUUCACAAAUCACUGACUGGAGGAUUCGUUGCAUUGCUGCUUUUAGCAGUUGUUACUUUAUUAAUCUUCAAGCUUUUCAAGAUUGACAUUGUGCUUUGGUAUCGUAGUUCUUGCCAUGCUUUUGUAAAGAAAGAAGCUUCAGAUGGGAAGAUCUAUGAUGCAUACGUCGUGUAUCCAAAACCCAAUGGGGUGAGAUGUAUCUACACCCUGAACAACUUUGUUCUGAGAAUACUACCCGAGGUCUUAGAGAGACAGUGUGGAUAUAAUCUUUUUAUACUUGGAAGGGAUGAUUUACUAGGGGAAGCUGUGGUCAAUGUUAUUGAUGAAACCAUCAAACAAAGCAGAAGACUGAUGAUAAUUUUAGAAUCAGAAGCAUUGAGUUACAAUGUGUUAGAAGAUACCUUUGAACAGCAACUGGCUGUGUACAAUGCUCUUAUCCGAGAUGAAAUAAAAAUUAUUCUGAUUGAACUAGAUAAAAUACAGGACAACACAAACAUGCCAGAAUCCAUUAAAUACAUUAAACAAAAGCACGGAGCCAUCCGGUGGAAAGGGGACUUCACAGAGAAAUCUCACUCAGCAAAUACAAAGUUCUGGAAAAAUGUGAGAUACCGAAUGCCACUCAGACAAACAGUGUCUUCUUUGGAUCCAAAAACUUUUCACUAUUUUGCAGCAACAGAAAGAUGAUGAUGCUGUAUUUUAAUGGCACAGACCAGCUCACUUUUAAAUAUUUACUAUGGACAAUUUGUCUUCAGAAGGUUCUAGUAUGUAUUACCAACUGGUCAUCUCAGUCACUUAGAUGCUUUCAAGAUUAAAAAACCCGCUACAACAUAAUUUUGUUGUUGAUUAAAAAAUUCAGUUGCCACUAUACCAUUGUGCAAUAUUGGGAGAUAUCUGAAUCAUUGUCUCAGUAUCCCAGAUAUUUAAAGCUGAGAUGUAGCAAAUGCAGUGGCAUAUAAUUUUUGUGAUUUCUUUAAAGAAAACUUAUUGUAGGGAAGUUUUUUGUUUUUUAAAUUGAGGUUAACUAACGAAUACAUUUAAACGAACAUUCAUUAUGCCUAGAUUUUUAUACUGUGGUUUUGUUGUUGAUAUUUUUUUUCUGAAAAUAAUUUGAUCUGAUCUAAUCAAGGUACUUCCAAACUCAAGUCAUACCUUUUUCC